CACACUUUAUUUUUAUCCUUGUCCCCCCUCCUUCUUUGUCACUGGGGACCCCCCCCCAAAUAAAAAAAAAAUAAAAUAAAAUUGUGGGGAUGCCUCGUCGCAAGCAGCAGCAGCCGCAGCAGCUCCUGGGCUCCGAUCAAGGCUCCCCCGGCGCCGCCGCCGCCUCCUCUUCCCCCCGCGAAGGUCCCGUCGCCCCAUCUUCCUCCUCUUCUUCCUCUUCCUCUUCCUCCCCGCCGGGCAUGGAUGCCGAAGCGGAUCCCCAACCCUUUGGGGGUCCCCCUCAAUCUGGGGGGGCCCCCCUCAACCUCCCCUUGAUCCUGGAGGAACUCCGGGUCCUCCAACAACGCCAACUCCACCAGAUGCAGAUGACGGAAGAGAUUUGCCGCCAAGUUUUACUUUUGGGGACCCUGGAGCACCCCAAAACCUCGCUACCCCCUUUCGCCCCCAAAAACGACCCCCCAAAACCUCAUUUUUUCCAUCUUUUCCCUCCUUUCCCCACCGCCACGCGUGGAAUCAAAACCGAAACCCGUUCCGGCGUCGGCGUCGCCGCCGGCGUCGCCGCUUUCCUCCCGGCUUUGGCCGGCGGAUCUUCUCCGGGUCUUUUACGCCCCAAAAAUAUCGGGGGGGAUCCGGGGACCCCCCGACACGAAUGCGGUUUUUGCGGCAAAGCUUUCGGUAGCGACAGCGCCCGGCAAAUCCAUCUCCGGUCCCACACCGGCGAACGGCCGUACAAAUGUAACGUCUGCGGUAACCGGUUCACCACCCGCGGUAAUUUGAAGGUUCAUUUCCACCGGCACCGCGAGAAGUACCCCCACGUCCAGAUGAACCCCCAUCCCGUACCCCAACAUCUCGAUUACCUCCUCCCGGCGCCAGCGGCCGGCCAACACCUCACCAGCUCCGCCCAACAUCUCGCUGGCGCCUCCCAACCGCUCGCCGGGGCCGCCCAACAUCUCGCCGCGGUCAACCAAGUCAACGCAACCGCCCAACCUGUCACCGGGGCCGCCCAACAUGUCGCGGGGGCCACCCAACACGUCACCGGGGCCGCCCAACAUCUCGCCGCGGUCAACCAAGUCAACGCGACCGCCCAACCACUCGCCGGGGCUGCCCAACACGUCACCGGGACCGCCCAACAGCUCGCCGCGGCCAACCAAGUCAACGUGACCGCCCAACACGUCGCCGGGGCCACCCAACACGUCACCGGGACCGCCCAACAGCUCGCUGCGGCCAACCAAGUCAACGCGACCGCCCAACCUGUCAACGCCGCCGGUCAGCACCUCACCGGGGCCACCCAACACCUCACCGGGGCCACCCAAGUCAACGCGACCGGCCAACCGGCCAACGCGGCCGCCCAACAUCUCGCCACGGCUGCCCAACCGCUCAACACUGCCGCCCAACACCUCGCCGGCACCACCCAACUGAACGUAGCCACCCACCUUCUCACCGGGGCCACCCAACACCUCGCCGCGCCCGCCCAACACCUCACCGCCUUCCACAAGCUCCUCCUCUUGAAGACCACCGACGGAAGGUCCAAGGGCGGGGACGAAAACACCCCUCCCGGCAAACCACCCGGUUGGGCGCUCUUGACCGGUCGUUUUAAGGGUUCCCCGCUUUUUUUGGAGACCCCGCCUUCGGAAACGUCGAAACUUCAACAACUGGUGGAAAAAAUCGACCCCCCGAACCCUCCGUCGUCAUCGUCGUCGUCGUCAUCAUCGUCGUCGUCGUCGCCGGAUCCGCCGCGUCAUCAGUGCCCGCUUUGCCGGCGGGUGUUGAGUUGCCCGCGCGCUCUACGGUUGCAUUUUGGCCAACACGGCAUAAAUUCGGGGGGUUUUUUUUUGGGGGGCGUGGAACGCCCCUUUCGGUGUAAAGUUUGCGGGCGUUGCUUCACCACCCGCGGGAAUUUGCGGGCGCAUUUCGGGGGUCACCGGGGGGGUCCCCCGAAUUCUUGCCCGCUCUGUCAGAAGAAGUUCACCAACGCCGUCAACCUCCAACAUCAUGUCCGGCUUCAUUUAGGGGGUCAGCUAACGAACGGCGGGUUUCCCGCUCAGGUAACGGGGGGAACCCCCCGAAAUGAGACUCGGGAUCAAUUAGUGGGGAACAAGGAAAUAGGGGGGACCCCAAAAAUAACGGGGAACCCCCCGGAAGAGGAAAUAUCGGAAGAGGAGGAAGAGGAAGGGGAAGAGGAGGAAGGAUCGGCGGGGGGGUGCAGCCCGAAGAGGGAUCUGCCGAGCGAGGAAGAGGAAGAGGAAGGGGGAAGGAGGGGAGGGCAGCCCCCCGAAAAGGGGGGGGACCCCGAAACGGAGGAGGAAGGAGGAGGAGGAGGAAGGGAGGAAGGCAAGGACACGGACGAGGGGGCGAGGAAGCAGGUCCCCCCAAAAUGGAGCCCACCCCCCUCAGCCAGUAUCAAACCCCCCCAAAUCCCGCGGGGGGUUGGUAAAGGGGGUGCCUUGGCUUUCUGGAACCGGUACCCCCCUUUAUUUUCCGGGCCCCCCCCAAAAAAUAAACGGGGGGACCCCAAAAACACACCGACCCCCCCGCUCCGCAACGACCCAAGAAGAAGGGGGGGAUGCUGCCGACGGCGAGGGGGACCCCGAAAAACAGGGGGAGGCGGAGAAGUAGUUUAAUUAGUUGAGGGGGAGGGGGAAAUUGGGGGGGGGGGAACGACACACACCCCAAAACCAGCCCCCCCUGUACCCCUAAACACCCCCCCAGACCCCCCAAAAAUCGUGCCUCUCCCAGUAGCGUAGGCCUAUUAAAGCCGUUUGCUGACCCCCCC